AUGAGCUCAUCUAUCCCAAGCAUUCCCACCCCCCACGGACACAUCUGUGAUGGGGUCCGUGUCAAGCCUAUGUCCGUAGAGCUGCCCAUAGAACUCGUACUAGAGAUCUUGGAAAUAGCCGCGGCAUCAUCGCAUCUCUCCGCGGCGGCUAUCUCGCGCGUCUCCUCAUGGGCACGAAAGCUCGCCCUCCCGUGUCUCUUCGAGACGCUACUCUAUCCCGUGAUUACCUUGAAUGAAAUAAACUGGACGUCUGGUCAAUACUUCACCAAGCCAUACAUACCAAGGCACCUCCCUGGACCCAGUAUACCACUCCCUCUUCACGUCGGGCACCAUGUCCGUAACCUGUGGGUAGAAAGAGGUAACAGAGGCUCUCCCAUGGAUGAGAUAAAUCUGUUCGACAUCUGUCCGGAUGUCGAGCACCUCGCGAUCCAGUCUUCGUCCAUCGGAGCACUGUAUACGACGUGCAGAGCCGGAUCGAGAUUCCCAUGCUCUGUGCGACGCGUUACUAUGAUCACCCCCAGCCCGCGCUACGAGAUUCAUGUCCUCGACGGACUCCGUCUCGCAAAUGGCAGCCUGUUCCUGCAUAAUAUCACACACCUACAUAUGCUCGACCUCAGAAUGUCCACGUACGUGCCCUACGACCGACUGCCCAACCUCACACACCUUGCAGUGCCCUACCUCGAUCUCGGGGCCAACAUAGCUCAAGAGCCUCUCCGGACGCCCAAUGGUGUCUUAGACCACCCGCCCUUGAAGAUGCUCGUCCUGACUGUCGACGAGGCGAAGUACAUGGGCAAUUCCUGGUACCAUACACCUCGCCUGUACGCGAAUGGGGCGCCGAUGGCGGAGUUCACGUCUCCGCGCGCGAGCUUCAGCUUUUUCAUGCGGCAGGCUUGCGAGAAAGACAAGCGGGUGCACGUCGUGCUGUACCCACGUCAGGGAGAGACUCAUCGCGCGGAUUGGAAGGCGGCAGCUAGAGGAGGCGAGAGCAUUUGGCAGAAGGCGAGCCAGGCGAUGGCGGACGAGCAGUAUCCGACACUGCUUCCUGAAAUCUACCACGAGAAAGUGCUUAGACGUAUUGGCUGAGGUACUUUCAUAAUGUUGGCAUAGUCGAGAUUCGGAUGAGACGAUGGUCACAAUGCACACCUAGGAAGGUAGCCGGGUACCAUGGGUAGCUACAUAUUUUUUCUCAAUGUCUCCAAUACAGGCUACGGCAUUGAUACUUAGG